CCGGAGAAACCAUAUUCGAGAAUCCCCAACUGAACUUCGAUAUGCCGAACAAGAACAAGUCUAAGGCAAGCCCAGCUGAGAACAAGGAAGCCCGUUCCUCUUCCCCCCACAAGUUCCUCAUACCGGAGGUGCCUAAGCAGCGGAAUAAGAAGGCAGGUUCGCCAUCGAACUUGGUGGAUCAGUCUACCCAGACGGAGGAUUCGCCAGCGGACUUGGUGUAUCAGUCCGCCCAGACGCAGGAGUGGCCGUCACCUACCAUGAACAGUAACAGCCAGUUGCAAGCUAGCGUGACCAGGAUGAUGGAAAUAGUGCACUCGAUCCUGCUAAGGAAGGUGCAAAGCGUGCUGGAUAGGAAUCCAGCAAACCUGGACAGCAUCAGUUUGCUGCGCAGCGCCCUGGACGAUCUGACUGGGAAUCUAACUGCGGAAGCAGAGCUCCAGCCGGAGCAAAGUCCAGAUGGGGAACCGCCAGCCAAGCGAAGGAAGCUAGAGCGCACCCAGGACAGUGGUGGCCCUUCCUCCGAGCCGCUUAACCGUACCAACGACCAGGAAUCUCAUUCCGCUCAAGGUGAGGACCAGGAAAUGGCUGAAACUGAGGUCGUGUCCUAUUCCUCCUCCGCACGCAAGCCUGAAGACAUCUAG